AUGCUUAUUGAAUUGACUAAUCCAUUUACACCUAUUCCAAUUGAAGGGCAAGAUGUGAUCAAUAUAUUGAUAAUAAAUCCUGCAUUAUAUGAGAACUAUAAUAAAAGAGACGAUCUGAAUACCAGAAAAGAGGAUCUACAUAAUCCUUCAAAUUUAAGUGAUUAUCUGGAAUCUCAACGUUUAAUGAAGAAGUAUCAAUUAGGAAUAUUGGAGACACUGGGUUCGAUUCAUAAUUAUGAUUUUAAUCCUGAAUCAGAGAGAUAG